GGGAUUACGCAACAUCACAGAUUUGCCGUUGGGAUUUUGGGUUGGAGAGAGGGAGCAGACGGUAUAUCUCUGUCUCUCCAAACAACCGCUAAACCCCCCAACCCCCUCCCUAAAAACGAACCAUUUUCAGCCCUCCGAUCCCCUUCAAUUCUAUAUUCUCCAAGGAUUUUGUGAGAAAUAUUCGAAACAAGAAUUUAUUAAGCGAUUGAUCUGCGGUUAAUGAUGGAGGUGCCUAUCUCAUGGGAUGCUCUACGCAAACAGGCAAGGAAACUUGAAGCUCAAUUGGAUGAGCAGAUGAAUUCAUAUCGUAAGUUGGUUUCCAAUAAGAUUUCGACCAAAAAUGACUCAGAAGAGAAUGAUAUUGAGUCUGGUAUAGACCGGUUACUAAAACAGCUACAACAUGUAAAUAUGAAAAUGCAAGACUGGGUCUCAUCUGGUGGAUCUGAAAUGGUUUCUCAUACCUUGACAAGGCAUCAGGAAAUUCUUCAAGAUCUCACUCAGGAAUUCUAUCGUCUUCACUCUAGCCUUAGAGCUAAACAAGAACAUGCUUCACUAUUGGAGGAUUUUAGGGAGUUUGAUCGGGCUAGAUUAGAUUUGGAAGAAGGUGUGGAUUCCACAGAACAUGCUCUAAUUAAGGAAAAUGCAGCCAUCAGCCGGAAUACAGGACAUAUGGAUAACGUAAUUUCACAAGCUCAAGCAACACUUGGUGCACUUGUUCUUCAACGUUCUACUUUUGGAGGGAUUAAUUCAAAGCUCGGCAACAUUAGCAGCCGUCUACCAACGGUAAAUCAGAUUUUGUCUUCAAUAAAGAGGAAAAAGUCUAUGGAUACCAUCAUUCUUUCUCUGGUUGCAUCUGUAUGCACAUUUCUCAUCUUCAUCUACUGGUUGAGCAACUGAACAAUGUACGUAUCUAUGUAUGUAUGCAUGCAUGUAUUUUGUGUUGUUGGCCAACGAUUGUGGUGAAACAAUUUUCAUCCGAGGUUUGAUGCCGCCCUCGUAUAGAGAUAGGAAGGGGUGUUAUGUUAUGUUGUAAGUUGAUAUUUGACAUUUCUAGUGGGCACUGCAUGUUGCCUUCACUAUGGGUUUCCCAGUAUAUAGGUGAAAAUUCAACAUUCACAUAUGCUUAAUUUCAUUUUUUCUUUUCUUCCCCCUUGGGCAUCAUCCAUGUUAAAUGAGUAAAAGCUACAAAUAAAAGAUCAUUUCAUUUC